GCCAAUGCAGCCCAGCAACCUGGCGCGUUCAAAGGCACCUUCCUGAUUUCUUAAAUCAACACCUCAACAGCACAGCCAACCCUCGAGCCCUCAUAGUCGACAAUACGCUUCAAAAUACAACCGGGAUUCGACCGUCAAUAUGGCUGACCGAUUUCCCUCGCUGGAUGACUUCGACUCUGGUGCCCAGACCGAGGUUAAGGACACCACAGAUGUUCCGUCUGCGUCCAACUUUCUGGAGCGAGAGAAGGCGGUUCUAGGCGAGGAUGCCACUCAGUUUGCGACAGUCGAGGACGCCGACUUCGAUGAGGGUGACGACGAUUUGUUAGGGGGCGGCGGCGGCGUCAGCUCCCCCGGAAACAACGCUGCGUUCGAGAGCCAGUUCCCCGACCUUAGUAGCACCAACGAGGGCGUCGCACCGGGCGGUACCAUCACAGGCGGCCCCUCCGUCAGCUACAACUCGGGCUACCAGCCGUACGCAGAGGAGGAGGAAGAGCCCGAGGUCAUCAAGGAGUGGCGUGAGAAGCGGGACGCGCAGAUUGCAAAGCGGGCCGAGCAGUUCGCCCAGCAGCGCGAGGAGACCGUCCGAGAAGCCCAGCAGAACAUCGACGACUUCUACGAGAACUACAACAACAAGAAAGAAAAGACGAUUACGCAAACCCGCAAGGACGCCGAGCAAUUCCUGGCCAGCCGCGAAGACACCACCUCCGGCGGCACGAGCUGGGAGCGCAUCUCGAAGCUGGUUGAUGUCAGCGGGAAGGGCGCAAAGGGUGGUGCCGCUGGGUCGGGCAAGGAGCGGUUCCGCGAGCUGCUUAUGAGCCUCCGGAAGGACGAGAAAGCCCCGGGGGCCGGUGGAUAUUAAAAACGCUGGGCACAGAGUGCUGGGGACAGAAGGGUAGUGGGGGUCGGUCACAAACCGAGCUCUCGCCACCACAACCAUGACAAUGACAAUUACCGGAAACUGCGUUUAAUGUACUUCUAGACGGUAGCCUCUCGAUAGGUAUGAAGGCAGGGGGUGGGGUACUUGGUAGUGCAGGCGUCAGAGAGGGGCGGAAACACCAUGAUUUGUACGGAACAUCCGGUCCCUCAGU